GCAGGCGCCCUCCCUCGGCCGCCAUUGCUGCCCGGGCUGCGCCGACGGGGCCCGAGCGACAGAGUCUUGCUCAUCCUUGCAAGUUCUGGACUCAGAAUUUGGUACAAGCUGCUAACUUUACUGUGAUUCCAUUCUGGACCUGGCUGCAGUAGCCCCUGAGGGGAAUAAAAAAAGAAAUGAUUGUGACUGUAGCAUGAGAGUUCAAGCAGUUGGCUCGAUACUGGAAAAAUAAAGAAUCCUGUCAGAUUCAUUCUCCUGUCUGUAGCAAUGUUAGCCUCAAGAAAGAAGAUGGCCAGUUCUUCACGCUCACAAGUCCUUCUAAUGUUAAAGCCAGACAAGGUUCAAAAUGGACCCUGCAGUGUUGAGAAGCAGACCCUCAAUUCAAGACUCGUGCGUGACACCGAAACCUGUCGACAGAAUUUUAGGAAUUUCCCAUACCCAGAGGUGGCAGGUCCCCGGAAGGCGCUCAGCCAGCUCCGAGAGCUCUGCCUGAAGUGGCUGAGACCUGAGGUUCACUCCAAGGAACAAAUCCUGGAGUUGCUGGUGCUGGAGCAGUUCCUGACCAUCCUGCCGGGGGAGGUUAGGACCUGGGUAAAUUCUCAGUACCCAGAGAACAGCGAGGAGGCGGUGGCUCUGGUGGAGGAUGUGACGCAGAUUCUAGAGGAGGAAGCUCCUCAGAGUUCUGCCCUUCCCCAAGAAGUCCCAGAGGAAGACCCCAAACGCCCCUUCCAGGCAGGGUGGCUCAGCGACUUGGUGACCAACGAAUCAAUGACAUUCAACGACGUGGCUGUGGACAUCACGCAAGAGGACUGGGAACUCAUGCGCCCCGUUCAGAAGGAACUGUAUAAGACUGUGACGUUACAGAACUAUUGGAACAUGGUUUCUCUAGGGCUGACCGUGUACAGGCCAACUGUGAUUCCCAUCUUGGAAGAGCCGUGGAUGGUGAUAAAAGAAAUUGUAGAAGGUCCUAGUCCAGAAUGGGAAACUAAAGUUCAAGCACAUAUUCCUUUGAAGGAUCCUCCUAAACUGAAGCAGGAUGGAACCCAGACCAUCAAAUUGGAAGAGCCCUGUGACUACGAUGACAGCUUAGAGAUGCUGCCAGUAUAUGCCUUCGGGAAGAUUCAUAUGGGUGAAGAGGAUUUUAGUUUGAAGUCAGAGCUUUCAGAAGAAGACUCUACAGAAGACUAUCUUAGUAAAUAUGAUAUAUAUGGAAAUAAUUUUGAAAAGCACACGAACCUAAUUGUACAGUUUGAUACCCAUUCAGAUAAUAAAACUUCUCUGUAUAAUGAAAGCAAGCCAACAUUCAGGAGUGUGUCCUCUGGUGUUGUUGUUCAUGGGAAAAUACGUCCUGGAGAUAAGCCUUAUUCAUGUAAUGUCUGUGGAAGAAAAUUUAGGAAAUACCCAUCACUCCUGGCACACCGAAAUAACCAUGCCAAAGAGAAAGCUUACGAAUGUGAAGAAUGUGGGAAAGAAUUUAAGCAUAUCUCAUCCCUCAUUGCACAUCAGAGAAUGCACACUGGAGAAAAACCAUACGAGUGCCACCAGUGUGGGAAAGCCUUCAGCCAGCGUGCACACCUCACCAUACACCAGAGAAUCCAUACUGGAGAAAAGCCCUACAAGUGUGACGAUUGUGGAAAAGACUUUAGUCAGAGGGCACAUCUUACCAUACAUCAAAGGACACAUACUGGAGAGAAACCAUAUAAAUGUCUGGAAUGCAGUAAAACCUUUAGCCAUAGUUCAUCGCUGAUUAAUCAUCAGAGAGUUCAUACUGGAGAAAAACCUUAUAUAUGCAAUGAGUGUGGGAAAACCUUCAGCCAGAGUACACACCUUCUCCAACAUCAAAAAAUCCAUACUGGGAAAAAACCAUAUAAGUGCAACGAGUGUUGGAAAGUGUUCAGCCAAAGCACUUACCUUAUUCGACAUCAGAGAAUCCAUUCUGGAGAGAAGUGCUAUAAAUGCAACGAAUGUGGGAAGGCCUUUGCCCAUUCCUCAACUCUUAUACAACAUCAGACCACUCACACCGGCGAGAAAUCCUACGUCUGCAACGUGUGUGGGAAGGCCUUCAGCCAGAGUGCUAACCUGACUCAGCAUCACAGAACACACACGGGAGAGAAGCCGUACAAAUGCAGCGUGUGUGGGAAGGCUUUCAGCCAGAGCGUGCACCUCACCCAGCACCAGAGGAUCCACAAUGGGGAAAAGCCCUUUAAGUGCAACACGUGCGGGAAAGCAUACAGACAGGGCGCAAACCUGACUCAGCACCAGAGGGUUCACACCGGGGAGAAGCCCUACAAGUGUAACCAGUGUGGGAAAGCUUUCAUUUACUCCUCAUCGCUCAACCAGCAUCGAAGAACUCACACCGGAGAGAGGCCCUAUAAAUGUAGUCACUGUAACAAAGAUUUUAGCCAGAGGACAUGCCUGAUUCAGCACCAGAGGAUUCACACGGGGGAGAAGCCCUACGCGUGCCGCAUCUGUGGGAAAAGCUUCACACAGAGUACAAACCUUAUUCAACAUCAGCGCGUGCACACGGGUGCCCGACACCGCAAUUAGCAGACAAGGGAGACUUGGUUUACGCUUUAAAACCUGAUGGCUUAAAUUUCAUUUUGUGUGCCAUGUCAAAAGACCCAAAAGGAAUCUGAAGCAGUGCAAUAGCUAGAUGCUGCAGUAUCGGAAGUACCAGAGUUAGUACAAUGGCUCUCGCCCAUUUAGAUUUAGUGUGAAACCUAAAAGCUCCGUCAACUAUUUAGCUUUUAUCUGAUAUCACUUGAAGUCAUUCCAGAAAGAAAUACUAUGAGAGGAUAUUUUAAAACCUGUGACUCAUCAACUCUUAGUAAAUUUCAAGUGUGUUUUAUUGAGGCCUUAUGAAUAUAACCUGGGAGAGCAUCCGGCAAGUAGAUCUCACACUAGAGAGUAACCCUGACAUCAUAGGAAAGAAGAUCGAUGCUUCGGGCCUUUGCUUCAUCCUAGCUUUGAAGCCUUAAGAUAACCAAAAGGUCCCUCCCAUUUUCUCGCUCCCUCUGUUCCCAUUACAACUGAAGCCAGUAAGCUUGAGGAGAAGAAAGACCUGGAAGGAUCUUAAACUGUGACCACUAUUAACUACACUUCCUCCGGGAAGAGAAGGCAGUCUGAUAAGAUAGAGGGUCAUUGCACACAAAACCCCAGCCAUGUAUAAACUCAGACACAGAUUAAACACCCCAAGCCUAAAGUCAUCUUUAGCCCAACAGUAUUUUUAGUUUCACUUGGUUUUGACAUCCAGUAUUACCCUGAAGGAGAAAAAGACUGUUCCCAUUUUUUUUCUACCUGGCUUUUAAAUUGACAAGUUUUCUCAUGGCUCUUACUGUAGCAAAGCCAUUUCUUCCAUUGAAACACAUUUCUUGAGAGCCUACUGUGCUCAAGACACAGACUUCUUGAUUGAACCCUUUCGGUUAACAAAGAUCUUUAGAGUAAAGAAAAGGUAAGGACAUGUUCCUAACUACUUUGUCACAGAGCAAGCACAAUCCUACCUAAAAGCCAUGUUGAGUGAGCAAUGGACAUGGCUAGAUAUGUUAGAAUAAGUAAUGGAAAAUAGGUUUGAGGCCAGCGCAGAGGUGGCAAGAGAAAACAAGGGUGGAAAGGAGUACGGAGGGAGGUGUGCAAAAAGCUGAUGUAUAGGAAGUAUAAUUGGACCCGCUUUGCCUAAGGAAAUAAUAGUGGUAAAACAGGAAAUGUACCAUAUUUAUAAGAAGCUAAAAAGGAAAUUAAUUUCAGGAAUAAUUAGAAGCCUAGUACUCCUUCACACAUGGAAGUAAGAUAGAAAUUACACUUAAUGUACUAGAAAAACUUUUUAUUGGAAAAAGCCUUGGCACAGAGACCAUUGUUAAUUAGUAAUCAUUAAACAAUAACUGAGUUUAUGGGUCUUAAACAGCAUAAAAGGAAGACUAGCAGGAACCAAAUUUUUAAGUUACUGUUGUACUUACCGUCAUAGUGUCAUGCUCUCAGAACGUACAGCUGAGCUUCAUCUCGCUUGUUCUUGUUUCUCCAGUGCCUUGCAUAUGAUCAAUAUAUGUUGGUUGAAUCGAUGAGUAAAUUAUAUAAAUUAGAGCUGAGUAGUAAGGUAGAAUCGCCUGGAUGGAGAGAAAAUUGGUGAGACUGAAAAUAAUGUCUGUGUCUAUUUAUCUCAUGUUUAGCAAAAACUGUUUGCUUAAGAAUGGAGAAUCAGAAGUUGAGGCCAUCAUUGCCCAGUGAAAGCUCCCUUAACCGCCUGAGCAGAAACAAGCUCUUGCACCAUAUAUCCCUAAGCUCAUAUCGACAACAGAGCAUCUCUAGACACCACAGGGGGAUUGAAGAAAAGGUUGAGGCACUGGCAUUCUAAAGCUAUCUUUGUGGGAGUGUUUCCUUAAUGAAACUGUCACUUUCUCCUUUCCUGACAUUAAUUACCCUUGACUUCAUAGUAUUCACAAAAUACCAGUUAAAAAAAUUCUCAGAUUAUGCUUACUCCACAGUUAUGUUAAGGAUAACAAAUGUGUUUGCUAGAUGAUUUUGAUGUUGCUUCCUGCCUUUCAUAACGCUUUUUCCACUAGGAUGAGUGUGGUGUGGCACAGGCCAUAGGGCAGUACUUUGUGUUUCCUGCCUUUGUGUAUUUUAUGUAAAUAAUGCAUUUAUAAAGUCUUCCACUGGUACACAGAGGCAAGUAAGGCUCCUAUAAAAAAUAUAGAGAGAAUAAUAGUACAGAAUACUGUUUUUAUGUAGGUUUCCCUCAUUUUAAAGUUGUCCUUCAAGAGGUUUUUAGCAAGUAUUUCCUACAACUUUUUAUCAGGAACAUUGCUAAAUAUGUAAGAGUUUAGAAAUCAUCCUGUCAACCGUACCUACCACCUAAAUUUUAAAGUUAAUAUUUUGCCAUAUUGAAGAGUAAAGACAUUUCACCUUCAAAUAAUCUCAUAAAAUUAGGUCAUCCACGUAGCUACACUACCUCAAAGAAAAUGGGCAGUCCUUUCUCACAUCUAGCACCUAGGCCAUUUUCUGAUUUCCCCUGUUGAGCCACUCAGUUUCUGCACACCUUUUAUUUUGUCUGUGUCUUCUACCUAAACAGUCCCUCUUGGUUUUCCUUUGUUUUCAGGGUGUGCUGUUAGUUAGUACAUGGCUUGCGUGUGAUACAGUAUAUGUCCUGAAGCUUCUAUAAAUUAGGAGUUGAGGCCAAAGGCUUAACUGAGCUCAGGUUAAACAUCUUUAACCGAAGCAUUUCACAGCUGUGUUUCCUCCUGCAUUGCCAGAACUCACUGUCAGGCCAACACAUGGCUGAUGACGUGACAUUUCACGGUUGAGGUGGUACCACCACACUGUCCCAGUGUAAUUCUUCCGGUCAUGGUUAACUGUCUGUGAACUGACACUUCGGCAGUGUGGCUGUCCUCUUUACCAACGUUUUUGUACACAGUCAUAUUGUAUUUAACGGUAAUCUUUGCCUGAGUCAGUCUUUUCAUCAAGGUCUACAAGACAGGUUAUUUUCCUAUUGCUCUUUCCACAUUAGCUGAAAAUGCAUUAGAAGCAAGUUUUGCUCAGCUUUUUCACUGACUGAGCGGUUUGGGAGUCUUCUGUGUUGACGACAGCUGAGUCAAGUUAGUCCGUUACAGCCCCUGUUUCUGUUCACCCGUCUGGCGUUGCCUCUCUAGUCUCUGGGUGCGGGCACUUUCCUGCCUUCCAGCCUGUGAUAUCUCAAGGCAUCCUACAUUUCCACCGCCCCAAACUUGGAUGGAAACAGCUCUGCUGAAACUCUUGGCUCCUUUUUAUCAGUACCUUUUUUUAGAAACAAGAUCUGGGCACUAACACACUCCUCGAAACUGGAGUGGCAUUAGCAAGCGUUUCCAACCAACCUUAUUUAUCUUGCCUCGGUUCCUCAGUUAUACAGUGUGUAAGUAGGUAAUGGGGAAUUACAAACGGGGUAUCGGGACAAACCGACAGGUCUCACUAAGCAUCAAAGCAAAUCGAAGAACAGUCGUGUGCACUGAAAGGAGCAGAUGUGACCGUGAAAGGCCUGGAGCAAGGUCACCGGGGGAAUGGAGCAUGUCAGAUAAUCUGGUAGUGGGCUACAUGCAGGGCAGUUUUGAAAGAAGCGCGUGCGUGCUCACUGCCACAUUUUCUGUUGCAUCUUAAUCACUUCAUAAGCUAGUAACACCUUCUGUCGAUUUUAUUUGUGGUGCUGGUUUGAACUUAGGGCCUCACAGGUUAAGCUGACGCUCUACCACUGAGCUACGCCUACCGUACUUUUUGUGUGUGAUACAUAUAUAUACACAUGUACGUGGAGAUGUUCAUAUGUACACGUGGGUGCGAAAGCCACAGGUCAGUAAUGGAUGUUUUCCUCAAUUGUCCUCCACCUUAUUUUUUUUAUUCACUUUUUUUUUAUUUUAUGUAUAUGGAUGUUUUGCUUGCUUGUCCAUCUGUGCACAGUAUGCAUUCAGCCUUGUAGGGGCCAUGGAAUUACAGAUAGUUGUCAGUCACUACGUGGGUUCUGGGAAUUGAACCCUGGUCCUCUGGUAGAGUGGCCAGUGCUCUUAACCGCUAAGCUAUCUCUCCAGCCCUCUACCUUCUGUAUUGAGACUGGGUCUUUUCACUGAACCUGAAGCUCGUAGAUUCUACUCAACUGGCUGAACGAUAAGCCCCGUAUUCAUCUGUCUUUAACUCCUCAGUACCACAUGCUAGCACAUCUGGCUUUUCCAUGUAUGCCGGGGAUUUGAACUCAGGCCCUCGUGGCUACUCAGCAGGCACUCUACCAGUGGCUAUCUCUCCAGCCCCUGCAUCACAUUUCUUAAGCUAGCUCUCUGAGGAUCUGUUGAGUGCAAACCUAAGUAGUGUUUUAUCUGUUUGAGACAGGGUCUCGCUGUGUAGCCCAGACUGGAACUCAUCCUCCUGCCUCAGCCUCCACGGGGCUAAAAUUAUUGCAUGUAGCACCCAUAGGCUUAGCAAUAGCUUUGGUUUUGUUGGACUAAGUCUUAGUACUUAAACCUUUAUGGUGUAAUGAUUUGUUUUUGUUUGUUCUGUGUCCGCUCCAGGCAUAAGCCUAUAGGUGGAAUUUGCACCCUCCAGCUUGUUCUUGAGGGCUCUGUAUUUCACCGUAUUUGUCCCGUUGAGCCCUAGAACCAUUAAAAGUACCAAGCA